AUGCCCAAACAUGCUGGUCUAGGCAAUGGCGACGUGAAGAAGGCUAUACGCGCUUCCCACACUGCAAAACCCACUUUGAGGCGAAGACUCCGCAACCUUUUCAUCAUGUUGUGUAUCACGGGACUUGCAGGCAUGUCCCUCACAGGAUACUUCGCAGACAAUGCCCUUGGGCACACUCAUUACACCCCUCAGUCUCAAUAUGCUGACUGGGAUGAACGGAGGGACGAAGUGAAAGAUGCAUUUGUGACAAGUUGGGACGCGUAUAAGAAAUAUGCGUGGGGAAACGACGUGUUUCAUCCCCUAUCGAAGAAAGGCGGAAACAUGUCUCCUAAGGGUCUUGGGUGGAUCAUUGUGGACAGUUUGGACACAAUGAUGCUCAUGAACCUGACCGAGCCUCUUGCUGACGCACGAAAGUGGCUGCAUCGUAGCCUCACCUGGAAUCAAGACCAGGACAUCAACACUUUUGAGACGACAAUUCGCAUGAUGGGUGGACUGCUCUCGGCACACUACCUAUCGACACGACUACCGCAUGUCGCCUCCCGAAGAGACUCGGUAUAUCUUUCCAAAGCCAUCGAUCUUGCAGACCGGCUUUUGGUUGCAUUUGAGUCCAACUCGGGUAUACCAUACGCCAGUGUCAACAUUGGGAAGAAGGAGGGGAUCGUCUCGCAUGCUGACGGCGGCGCCUCCUCGACGGCAGAGGCUGCCACCAUCCAGCUUGAAAUGAAGUACUUGUCGCAUUUGACAGGGAACGAGAUAUACUGGCAAAAGGCAGAGCGCGUCAUGAAAGUUCUUGAUGAUCAGAAGAUGGAAGGCGGCCUGGUACCAAUAUUUGUGCACCCCAACCAUGGACGCUUCACAACGAGGGAGAUUCGACUAGGAAGUCGAGGUGAUUCAUACUAUGAGUACCUUAUCAAACAAUACCUACAAACGGGCGAGACUAUCUACCGUGACAUGUGGGAAGACUCCCUGGCUGGCAUCGAGAAGCAUCUUGUCACGACCACUCGCAACGCCGCUCUCAAGUUCAUCGCAGAGCUCCCCACGGGAAUUGGGGGGUCUCUCUCACCAAAGAUGGAUCACCUUGUCUGCUUCCUUCCCGGUACAAUCGCCAUGGCGGCCACGGAGGGGCGUACCUUAGCUGAAGCACGUCGCGACCCUGGUUGGACUACACAUCAUGAAAAAGACAUUCAACUCGCAACAGAUCUCAUGAAAACCUGUUGGGGAAUGUACGCUGUCACCGAUACUGGCCUCGCACCCGAGAUCGCCUGGUUCAAUGCUACCGACGCAGACCUGCAACCUCAGCCCGGUGAUAGAUACUUGCGUAGAGAAAGCAGCGCAUUGUCAAAGUGGAAGCAGGACUACAUAAUUAAGCCCCUGGAUGCACACAACCUCCAAAGACCAGAGACUGUUGAAAGCCUCUUCAUGAUGUAUCGCAUCACGGGAAAUUCUAUGUAUCGCGAGUGGGGCUGGAAGAUCUUUCAAUCUUUUCAAAAGCACACGCUGGUACACGAUGGAGACGGAUACACCAGCCUCAACGAUGUACGGACGGUUCCGCCAGCAACUCGAGACAACAUGGAAAGCUUUUGGCUGGCCGAGACUCUCAAGUACUUAUACUUGUUGUUUUCUCCAACGGACUACAUGCCAUUAACCGAGGUUGUCUUUAACACGGAAGCACAUCCGUUUCCGAGGUUUACACCAAGGGGGCCCUUGAAGACUGGUUGGCAAAGAAUGCCACGAUAG